CAAGCCUCAAUGGGCUGGGGCUACCAUUCUAUUUGAUGCACACAGGUGAGUGCUGGGUGCACUGCCUCUGUCGCGUUCCCACCGCUCCUGUCAGGGCUCCGUCCGGUUCGGGUGCCGUCGACUCGCUCCCAGCCGGCGUGCCCGAAUCGUUGCGGGCACGGGUUAGCAUGUGCUUGGAGCUGGCGCUCAAGCCAACGUAUUCGAUUGAGAUUAUUCGUUCACGAGAGUUGGCCCCGACUGGCCGUGGCCGAGACCCUGCUCCUGACUCCCGCCACGGUUAGAAGAGGCGAUAUCGAACAGGGACAUCGCGAAAGGCGGGAAGCGGUCAAAGGCCCCCCUCUUCAUGAGGUGCCCCGUUUCUCCUGGGAAAGAUUGAAAGUUUCUUUUUGAGGUUCAUCCCGUCGUCUGCGCAUCGGCUCGCCCAAGCGCUGCGACGCUGCCCCCCCUUCCAGUGCCACUCGCAUAACAACCCCCUUUUUAAUCUGCUCGCCCACCCUCGCCUCCGAAAGAUGGAUCGGCUUCGCGAUCUUCUCCGCCGGCGGUACAAAUACGGCGCGCUCCCGACGUCGUGGGACGACGAAGAUGAGCUGGAACGGACCACGAGCGAUCCUGCAGCCAAGCGCGCCCUACAGACGCACAAAAGCAGACGCAAGUUCGGCAUCGCCCUGACAGGAGCGUGCAUCAUGACUGCCCUCAUAACUGCCGUUGCCUUUUUCGGCUUCGGCUACGGCGCCGCCGCGGGGGACAGCUCGUGCGACUCGCCCACCCUCGGCUUCCAGUGCCACACCGACAUCGCCCAGUCUUGGGGGCAGUACUCGCCCUUCUUCACUGUGCCGUCCGAGAUGGACGCUGGCCUCCCGGCGGGGUGCGAGAUCACCUUCGCCCAGGUCCUGUCCCGGCACGGCGCCAGGGACCCCACGGGCGGCAAGAGCCGGGCCUACAACGACACCGUGACCCGCAUACAGCGCGACGUCGGGCAGUACGGCGACGGCUUCGGCUUCGUAAAAGACUACCGGUACGCGCUCGGGGCGGACCAGCUCACAGAGUUCGGCCGCGAGCAGAUGCGGAACUCGGGUGUCCGCUUCUACGAGCGUUACCGUGCCCUCGCCCGGGAUGCCACGCCCUUCAUCCGCGCCUCGGGCCAGGACCGCGUCGUCGAGUCGGGGGACAAGUGGGCCGAGGGCUUCCACCAGGCCCGCGUCGACGACGGUGUGCGGGCCGAGGACGACGGGUUCCCCUACCCCAAGGUCGUGAUCCCGGAGACGGAAGGGUCCAACAACACGCUCGACCACGGUCUCUGCACCGCCUUUGAGCGGUCCAAGGGCGGCGCCAAGGUGCAGGCCGAGUUCCUGGCCUCGUUCGGUGGGCCCAUCAGGGAUCGCCUCAACAAGGGCAUGCCGGGCGCCAACAUAACCCUAGACGAGGUCGUGCAGCUGAUGGAGCUCUGCCCGUUCGAGUCGGUCGCGCGCACCGACGGCCGGCUGUCCGAGUUCUGCGGCCUCUUUAGCAGGGAGGAGUGGCGGUCGUACGACUACCUGAUGACGCUGGGCAAAUACUACAGCUACGGGCCGGGGAGCCCGCUGGGCCCCACGCAGGGCGUCGGCUUCACAAACGAGCUGCUGGCGCGCCUGACGGGAGCGGCCGUGUCGGACCGCACCAGCACCAACCGCACGCUCGACUCGGACCCGGCCACGUUCCCGCUCGACCGGGCCCUGUACGCCGACUUCAGCCACGACAACGACAUGACGGGCGUCUACGGCGCCCUCGGCCUCUACAACGCCACCGCCGCGGCGCCGCCGCCCGCCUCGGGCCGCCGCGAGCCGGCCGACCUGGCGGGCUACUCGGCCAGCUGGACCGUGCCCUUCUCGGCGCGCAUGUACGUCGAGAAGAUGAGGUGCGGCGGCGGCGGCGGCGGCGGCGGCGGGGCGGAGCUGGUGAGAAUCCUGGUCAACGACAGGGUCAUACCGCUACAGAACUGCGGCGCCGACGAGCUGGGCCGCUGCGAGCUGGGCAGGUUCGUCGAGAGCCUGAGCUUUGCGCGUGGCGGAGGGCACUGGGACAAGUGCUUUGUUUGAUUUUUUACUACGGGAUAUAGAUCUAUGUAUAGACGUGGCUGAGCACAAGAAGGUUUUUUUUCCCUCACAACAAGAUUUGGUCAUGACGGAUGUUGCGUGGAUCAUUGGCGCCGCCGAGGCGGGCAGACGCAAACUUUGAGUCUCGGAUGAAAUGAAUACUGGGUGCUGAUUAAGCGUUGAAGGGCGUUGGGUUCGUUGAGGUUGAAAUUGACUGGCAUUUUAUGAGGUCAGAUUGUGGCAUGCUGUGAACAUGUCCUGGGCAUCAAGAGGAAGAUGGAAAUCCCCAGGCCUUGGCAGCACAGUAAGGAGUGGAGAGCCCCGCAGGAGCUGUGCUGCCCGCUGCAGGCCCCGUCGCGCUGGUACCAAUAUUGGGGGCUGGUGCUGCCAUGUAAAAAACGUCGCACAGUGAGCACAAACCCCAAGUCCCAACAGCCCGACGAGGCGCGGCUGCCCGCAUCCCUGUCACCACCCCCAAACAGCAACCUCCAACCAGCAACAAAAAAAAAGAUACAAAAAGAUGCAAUAAAAAUCCACCCUCAAUACACCUGCCUGUGCUUGAUCGACAGCGGUUGUCAACACCGUCCAUCGCCGUCCCCUGACCCCCCAACGCAGCGCCUCGCGACGACCAAUUGCGCCAGAUCGCCAGAGUUGACGGGCCCUUGCGCGGUCGCCGCGCCAGCUCGCUUCCACUCCUGCUGCCUUGCAUUUCCCAAGGACCCCGCUGCAAGCGAGCGCUGACGGCAUCAUCAAAGCUCCCCCCUCCCUCCAAGCAACGAGGCUCGACGACGACGACGACGACGACGACGACGACGAAAAGCCCCCGCAGCCGCCGCCGCCACGAUGCAUCCCGUCGGCAUCUUCUUCAUCGUCCUGGUGGCGCUCGUGAUAAUCGGCGGAGUGGGGUGGCUUCUCUACGUCCGCUGGCGCGCUCAAAAGCUGGGUCUUCCACCACCGGCGAUCGCAUCCUUCAAUCCGUUCCGCAGGUCCGAGCCGUCCCUGUACGGAAGCCCGCAGUCGGCGCCGGGCGGCGGCGUGUCGGGCUGGAUCAACGACAAGCUGCGCUCGUUCCGCGGCGGGCGCAACACGCGCACGGCGGCCGGCGCCUACG